AUGGCUCAAUUCAACCUACCACUUCGUAUAAUUGCUCAACCGAGAGCAUCAUAUCGUGAAAGAUAUUUAUGUGAAAUAGAUCGCAGUCACAAUAGAUCACAACGUUUUAUUCGGGCUGAAACUAAUCCAUACGAUUUGAACUAUCCAACAAUCGAAAUAACAAAGCAAUGGAAUACUGAAAGGUUGUAUAUUCGUGUAACUUUAGUUACCGUGUCGAGUGAACAAGUGCCUGUAACUUGCAUACAUCCUUAUCCAAUUGAUACUUCAGAAUUAAACGUUAUAAAAGACAUAGCAAAAAAUACACUUUAUUUUCCUGUAUCAAAAGAAGAAUUAAACAAUGGUCGUAAGAGUUUUCAAAUUAUUCGUGGAAAAUUAACCCAAGAUAAAUUAAAAAAUUACGGACAAUUCUGUAUUUUGAAUACAGAUGAAAAAGAUGUUUCACGUACACAUGAUCCAUAUGAUGCUCGAAAAAUAAUUAAUAUUUAUCAAUUAAGAAAAUCACAAUUACUUUUUUCUAUAGCUGAGCUGUUUCAUGAGGACCUAUUACCUGGUAUCUAUGACGAAACAUCUGUAUAUUCUCAUAUUAUGACUGCUAUUACAACAACUGUUAAUGACAACGUAUCAUUAGUUAGAUAUGCACCAAAGCAAGGUCACUGGCAAGGUGGUGAUGAAGUUUUAAUGUUUAUUCCAAAACUUGAUAAGAGAAAAGUAUGUCAAGUUUAUCUUCAAGAUUCGUCGUCAAAUAACAAGAAUCUGAUUCAUUUUGAAUUCGUGGAUAUGAAAACAAUUACAUUCAAAACUCCACCAUGUCCUAUACAAAAAGCUGGAAAUCGAAGUAUACAAAUUCCUAUAGUUGUUAGCCUAAGUGGUAAAGAAAUUGCACGUGUUUGUUUCCUCUAUCAAUCAUGUAAAUAA